AUGCCUACCCGAUUCAGCAAGACACGCAAGCACAGGGGUCACGUCUCGGCCGGUCACGGUCGUGUCGGCAAGCACCGCAAGCAUCCGGGUGGACGUGGUUUGGUACGUCUUCACAGCGCUCUGGCCCCCGGUGAUCGGCUACAGAGUACCCAUUCCUCGUUCCACUCUUCUUCUUACAGGCAGGUGGACAACAUCAUCACCGAACCAACUUCGAUAAGGUGAGCAGCACACCCCACGAGACGGCCCCGUCCCUCAGGCCUCAGCCCUGCGACGUAUGCAAAUUGCGGCCUACCGAUCUCGCGUUGGCGGUAGGCCUGCGCUACAACGACCAGCAAAGCCGGGCAGGACGGGGACGGGUCCCACGGGAGGAAGAGUCCUAGCUUGAUGCGAACGGGGUACUGAUGUUGAUUCUCAAUGGUGAACAGUACCAUUACGGAUACUUCGGUAAAGUUGGUAUGAGGCAUUUCCACAAGAACAAGGCCGCCCUGUGGCGCCCUGUCGUCAACUGCGACAAGCUCGCUGUGAGUAUACCCUCUCUCUUUCUACGAUCGGCUCGCUUUGGACGCCAUGGCCAUCACAAGUCGACCACAUCGUACUUGGAACCUACCUUGAGGUCCGAGACAUGGCAGACGGGGAACGAUGGGACACCGGACAGCAUCACGUGGGCAAGGGAGACACGCAGCGGCGAGGUAGAGGCCGACACGAUGGAUGGAAGCAUGCCGAGCUUGAACGACGUCAUUACGGACACGAGCAACGAGCCGAAUGCUAACAUCUACCUGGAACCUAUCGUCGCACAGUCCCUUAUCCCUGAAGCCCAACGAAAGGGUCUUUCCGCCGAUUCCGCCGUCGUCCCCGUUGUUGAUACUCUCGCUGCCGUAGGUCUACCACCGAACGAACUCAAUCCUGUCUUUGAAGGGGACCUCCUAGGGCUGACUUGUUUGAAAUUUCCUCCUUUCAGGGCUACGGCAAGGUCCUGGCCAAGGGUCGAUUGCCCGCCUUCCCCAUCAUCCUCAAGGCCCGAUACGUCUCCCGUCGUGCCGAACAAAAGAUCGUCGAGGCCGGUGGUGUCGUCUCGAUCGUCGCAUAA